CUCUAGCUCCUUGCUCUGCGCGGUCGUCGAAGAGUACACUUAUCACUGUGGUCAACGACAAUGGCGGUCACCGAUCUAUCGCCUCUGCAACUCCGUCUUCAAGAUAUUGCUGCGUCGCUCAAGCAGAACGACUCCCCGGAAAGUUGGCGACAAGUUGAGCAGGUCGCCAAUGCGAUUGCGAAUGGGUUAAGAGUCAAGGACGAACAAGUCGACAACCAUACAAAUCUCGGCAAAAGCGCCUUGCCCCAGUGCUUGACGGACCUGAUAACUCUGGCAUUACACGGGUCCCCUGUCCCUGCCGAUGAGUACACGACCGCUGUGUUCGAGAUUCUGAGGAUAGCCGCGAAUCUUUGUCUGGAUCAUGAUGCGAACAGAGGUUACCUCCUAGACGCCGGUCUACCGCAGGCGAUCGUGUCCCUUCUCGAAGGCUACGCAGACAAGGUCCCUGCACCAACCAGACAAGAGGCCCUCUCACUAUCGCUUCCCCACCUUAGGAUCGUCAGGACGGCCGUUGGUGUCCUUCUGAACGCGUCUAUCGGAUAUGAUGCUGUUCGGUUCCGCCUGAUUUCGUUGGAGUCUGCUCUUACACUGUUGAAGCUGUCCUCCUCGAUAUACCCUCCACUGUCGUGGCACAAUGUGGGCACCCCAGCUAACCCGCUUAACGAGGACAGUCAAGAGGAAUGGGCUUUGAGGAGCGGUAUCUCAAACUGGGCCUGGAGAACGAUCUCUGAGCUGAAGGAAGCGAAAGAUGAUCCCAAGGAAGAUGCCUCGCGCCAGAUUUUGAACGUCGACGUACUACCUUGGAUAACUCCUGCGCUUUCUCGUUUCAUCCCACCGUAUAAUCUCCAACUCGCGCCAGCCCUAACCGAAGAUGAAGAUUUCUACACAAUGCUAGUCCAGUCAGACUUUGAAGUCCUCGAAGAAACCUGCACUCUUUUGGAAUCUCUUUCAUUAGAUGUUGAAGACAUCCGUCUGGCCCUUGCACGGGGAUAUUGCUUCCCAGCUGAACACCUUGGCGUGCCUUGCUUCAAGUCGAUGGUAGAGUUCAUUGAACACGGCGGCUAUCCACCAACAUGGGACCAUCCCUCUAUUACACCAGAAGACCGUGCCCGGAAGGAGAAGACUUUCAACAUAUGCAAAGCUGCGCUCAUCAAGUCGGUUGUCGAGGUUGCAGGGGAGGAAAAAAAUGAAGAUGUUCUGUGGGAUGAUUCAAUGGAAGACAAACCUGGGGGAGAAUUCGUGUGGACUAUGGCCAGAUGGAUCAAAGAAUUCAAUGCCGACAUGGAUAUCGAACCGAGUGCCACCCAUCGGGACGAUCUUGUUAUCUGUGCUGCCUUGUCUUUAGGGAAUCUAGCCAGGAGAGAGAAAACGUCCACGGCUCUUCUUUCACCGCCGUUAUCUCUGGCGCCUGUCCUGGCUUCUAAGCAUAUCUUCGCGCAGUCGACCGAUGUUAAAUUGAAGCAUGGUGUUCUCGGCCUGCUGAAACACGUCGCACAAUCGGCUGCGUUGUCGCCUAUAAUCCCAGAUUCUUUGGCAGAGUGCCAUAUCGUACAGCUUAUUGCUGAGAGCGGAAUCUGGGAUGAAGGGUCGGAUAACAUGGCCAUUGUCGUUCAACUCAAUGCCAUCGGCGUCGUUAAACACCUCUGCAAUGCGAGCGUCACCCAUGCCCUGGCAUUGGUUGCCCCCGGCAAAGACGAGAAAAGCCCCCUUGACCGUAUCUUGGCAUUGGUUUCGCGUUCAGAUUCUAUUCCCAUAAAGAGCGAGGGUGUUCGCGUCCUUGUUAAUGUGAUCAGGACUUUGCUCAUGCGCAAAGGCCCUCCGACAGAAGACACCACACCGACCCCUCCAGACGCCGCUGCUCAAGAACUGGCCCAAAGAAAGCAAGCAGCGAUCGCCAAAGUGCUGACAGAGAGUAAUGUGAAGACUUUGGCCUGGUUCCUGGCGCGAAGUGGGAAGUUCCCUAUCCUGAUCAACGAAGGUAUUGUUGCCUUGAACCUUCUUGUGCCACAGAAAGACGCGGGUAACUUAGUUUUGAACGCCAUCCUCACGCCGGAAAACACCCUACCGGAACCUACUCAACUCUCCCCUUCUGGAAGUGACGGGAGCUCCCCGACGCUCGUGAAUAAGCCUCGCCCUCCGGUGGCUCGCCAUGGACUGGAAAUGAUUGUCAAUGUUCUCAGAAACACUGACAAUCCCGCAGUCUACCCAGUCGAGAUUCGCGCGAAUGUCUGCACCUUCUUGGCACAGCUUUCACGGUAUUCAUCGGGUCCCAAAUUGGUUCAAGUCCAAGAAGCUGUUCGACCGGUUCUAGACAGAAUCAAAGAGACCAAACCAGGUGACAGGGAAGAGAUGUUGUUGAUUUCAGCCAGCAAGGUCCUGGAGCUGUGGAAAACCUCUUGA